AUGGAGAAGAAAGAGUUCACCUAUGGAGGCUUAAGAGUACUCAAUAAGGUAGACUGGAGACUUACGGGCGUAUAUGGUGAACCCGUUCGUACUCGAAGACACUUAACCUGGGACCUGCUUCGUUUUCUUGCAAGAGAUUCGACUACCCCCUGGUGCGUGAUCGGCGAUUUGAACAACAUCGUAAGGCAUGAGGAUAAAAGAGGCGGCCGACGAUACCCCCAGAAUCUCAUUGAUGGAUUCCAGCAAGCUCUGAACGACUGUCGCCUUCAAGAUAUGGAGCUUAUCGGACACCCUUUCACUUGGGAGAAGGGCAGAGGCACCACGGCCUGGGUUGAAGUCCGACUAGACAGAGCUUUGGUUAAUGCUCAGUGGGCUCAGGUAUUCUCCUUAGCUUCCUUAUUUAAUUUGGAAUUGUCUUCAUCUGACCACUGCCCCCUAUUACUGGAACCGGUCGUUGUCCAUAAUGGUGUCCCUAAUCGCAAAUUCAAAAUGGAAAAUGCCUGGUUUAAAGAACCAGUGUGCUUGGAGAUAAUUCGAGAUUGCUGGCAGUUAGCAAGGGAAGCUAAUUUUUCUGAAAAAUUGUUACUUUGUGCUGAUAAACUAAGUGUGUGGGGAAAAGAAGUGACAGGGAAUUUCAAGGUCAAAAUUCGGAGGUACAAAUCUGAACUAAAAAACUUGAAGAGCAAAAGGGACUCUGAUUCUGUUCAGCGAUACAGUGAGGUAAAAAAAGAACUUUUCAAAGUGUUAGAUCAAAGAGAGGCCUUUUGGAAACAACGUUCAAAGCAGCUGUGGUUAAAGGAGGGUGACCAGAACAGUAGCUAUUUUCAUAAGAUGGCAACUACUCGUAAAAGACAGAACUGUAUAGACCGACUGAGAGAUAAUCAUGGAAAUUGGGUAGAUUGGGACAAUGACUUUGUUCAUUCUGAAUUACGUCAAGUGGUCACGGUGGAAGAAGUGAAAAAGGCAGUGUUUCAAAUGCACCCCGAUAAAAGCCCGGGACCUGAUGGUAUGACACCAGCAUUUUAUCAAAAAUGUUGGUCUAUUGUGGGUAGUGACGUGGUGAAAGUUGUUCAAAAGUUCUUUGAAACAGGGGAAUUUGAAGAAGGUUGUGGAGAUGCAAAUAUAGUCCUUAUCCCAAAGAAAAAGAAUCCCGAAGACAUGACACAAUUGAGGCCGAUUGCUCUAUGCAAUGUGAUAUACAAAAUUAUUACAAAAGUCUUGGUGAAUCGUAUGAAACCUUUUAUGGACUUUAUUGUUGCUGAUACUCAAAGCGCUUUCAUUCCGGGGCAUCUUAUUUCAGACAAUGUUCUCAUUUCCUUUGAAGUGCUUCAUUAUUUAAAGAGAAAGAGGAAAGGCAAAGAGGGUUUUAUGGCUUUAAAACUAGACAUGAGCAAGGCUUACGACAGAAUAGAGUGGAAGUUCUUAGAGGCUAUGCUUGGGAAGUUAGGCUUUGAGAACUGGUGCAUCCGUUUAUUGAUGAAAUGUGUGUCUUCAGCUCGUUAUACUGUGACUCAUGGUGGGUGUGAGAUGGGACCAAUUUUACCUUCACGAGGUAUCCGACAAGGGGACCCCCUUUCUCCAUACUUAUUCAUUUUGUGUGCUGAAGGAUUGACUGCCUUAAUUCAUCGCUUUGAAUCAAGAGGAUUGCUUCAUGGUUGUAAAGUUGCUAACGGUGCACCCCGAAUAUCCCAUAUGUUAUUUGCAGAUGACAGUUACCUCUACUGCAAAGCAACUAACGCAGAGGCUACUAGAAUCCAAGAAGUGUUGCAGAAAUUUGAAGCGGCUUCGGGUCAGAAGGUAAAUUUCUCCAAGUCAUCCAUCUUUUUUAGUACGAAUACUGCUUUGGCAAUCCGAAACGACAUAAGUAACUUCCUGGGAAUGACCAUCGCUGGAGAGAACAACUUGUAUUUAGGCUUGCCCAGCACCAUGUCUCGUAACAAAACGGCCGUGCUAGGUUUCCUAAAGGAAAGAGUUCGCAAGCGUAUUCAAGGGUGGGUGUAA